AGGAGCCCAUCGCCGGAUCGCGCUAAACUUCGAGAGCAAAGCAACUGCGGAAGAGAGUAACGAUGACGGUGUUUCAUUUCUUCAACUGUGCGAUUCUCACUUUCGGUCCUCAUGCAGUCUACUACUCUGCAACGCCAUUGUCUGAGUAUGAUACGCUCGGAACAUCAGUUAAAGCGGCAUUUGUUUAUCUUGGAACUGCCUUAGUAAAGCUUGUAUGCCUUGCAACCUUUCUGAACGUGUCAGAGAAUGACUCCUUUGACCUAUAUCAGGAACUGUUGAAAGCGCUUAUUGGUUUUAUUGAUGUCGCCGGACUUUACUUUGCUUUGACCCAGUUGACAUAUCGGAACAUAUCUCAGAACCAUAAAUUUCAGGCAGUUGGACUGGGUUGGGCAUUUGCUGAUUCUGUUUUACACAGAUUGGCACCACUUUGGGUCGGCGCCAGGGGACUGGAGUUUACUUGGGAUUACAUUUUGCAGGGCCUUGAAUCUAAUGCAAAUCUGGUGUUGAGUAUAUCUCUUGCCGCAUUAGGGUCUUUGAUGUGGCUUCGGAAAAACAAGCCCAAGACUUUAAUUCCCAUAAUUUAUAUCUGUGCACUGAUCGUGGCUACCAUGCCAUCCAUCACAAGCUACUUAAGGCGAGGCAUGGAUUGGCACUUCCCAAAGGUGGUGGGAUUUGAACUCUUCACCUCCAUGGUUAUGGCUUUUACUAGUUGGCAGCUUUUUUCUGCUUGUCAGAGACCCUCUGCUUAAGUGUACGGCACAUUGGGUUGACUCGACUUAGGGGGCCAAUUUAUCGAGGGUGGACGUGAAUUUUGGAGGUGUGGACCCGUCUACCUAAGCUUGCUGUUGCGCGCAGUUUUCCGCCUAAUUUUAUUGCCAUUGCAAAAUCAUAAUGUGUCGUUUAGUUUCAGAUUUAGAGAUUGUCAGCUUUGUAGUGUUUAAUCUCAGGUAAAAAGGAGAGUUGAUUUUGAAUGGAAGUAAAAGGUUAGCUUGUGGAGACUACGUAAUCCUUACUCUUUUUCCCCUCCAGAUUUGGAACGAAAGUAGAAAAUAAUGUUUGGUUAGUCUUUCCUUUUUCAAUUCUUCUACUGAAGGCAAUGGUUGCCUCACAUCUAGUCUCGAUUAGUUCUUCAGAUUUUACGUCCAGAUAUCAAUUUAAGUUUUUUUUUUUU